GAGAGAGCCGAGAGUGUAAGGGAGACAGAGAUAGAGAUAGAGAUAGAGAUAGAGAUAGAGAUAGAAGUGGAAGGAGGCGAAGAGACCAAGCGCGCAGUGGUUAUAAGGUUGUCGAGCUCAAUUGUGUGUGCUUCGAGGCGAUGUCUCUCGAGACUCGUUCGAGCUCGGCUCUAUUUAAAAGAGCUGAACAGCUCAAACGUUGGGAACAAUCUGAAACAAAUCGAGAGCCGGCCCAACCCCGUCAAGUAGCAAGAAAGAUCAAAUUUUCCGAUGAUUGUGUCUUCUUGGCGGCAUGUGCAGCAGGCGACAAGGAGGAGGUUGUGCGUUUACUUCAAAAAGGGGCGGACAUCAACACCGGAAACGUCGAUGGUCUCACGGCGUUACACCAGGCAUGCAUCGACGAUGAUCUGGAUAUGGUAGAAUUUUUGGUAGAACAAGGAGCGGAUAUAAAUCGUGGAGACAAUGAAGGAUGGACACCCCUACACGCUACAGCAUCUUGUGGCUUCAUAUCAAUAGCUAAAUACUUGAUAGAACAAGGAUGCAAUUUGGCAGCAGUUAACAAUGAUGGCGAAUUGGCCCUUGACAUCGCAGAAAAGGUUGAAAUGGAGGAUAUGCUACAGCAACAUAUAAAUAAAGCAGGCAUAGAUUGUGAUCAAGCUAGAAGUGAAGAGGAAAGGUCAAUGUUAAAUGAUGCAAGAGCUUGGAGAUCAGGAGCACCAGGCAAAGAUUCAAUGCAUCCUAGAACAGGAGCUACGGCACUUCAUGUUGCUGCUGCUAAAGGCUACAUCAAAGUCAUGAAUAUUCUCCUUCAGGCUCGAUGCGAUGUCAAUGCACAAGAUUUCGAUGGAUGGACUCCCUUACAUGGUGCAGCUCAUUGGGGUCAAUCAGAAACUUGUAAAUUACUUGUGGAUAACUUUUGUGAUAUGGACAUCAAAAAUUAUGCAGGACAAACUGCUUUUGAUGUUGCUGAUGCAGAUAUUUUAAAAGAUUUAGAAGAAUUGAAGCAAAAACAAUUAACUAUGAUGAAAGAUCAUCCACAAAUAAUUAACAAAAAACAACCUUCUGUACCAAAGAAACGUAUUUCAACUAAUACUGAUAGUGCUGUAACGACACAAGAGAGUCCUGAAAUUCUGGAAGAAGAAACGCCAAAUAAAGUCAAAAAAGUAGAAGUGGAAAUUCAAUCUGAUAAAGACGAUUCUAGUACUGGAACGAAUAGCGACGUCGAAGCAACACGAGAAACAGAUAUGGAAGAGAGUGAUGGCGAAGUUGUUUCUGAAACUAGCUCAGAAUCACGCUCUUCCACCUGCUCCAAUCAGUCUGAUAAGUCUAACCAAUCAAACCAUUCCACAUGUCUUACAGAUGAUGAAAAGAAAAACAGAGUAAACAAAGAGGAAACCGCAACUCAUUCUCCGUUAUCUGCUAUUGAAAUCAAUAAAGUUCCUAAUCAAGCUCCGAUAUUGCCUCCUAAGCAGCAAAUUGAUAAUAAUGAAGAGGGAGUUGUUCCAUCCUGGAGGCGUUCAGGAUCUUUUCGAAGUAGAAUACAAAAUGUAGAAGAACUUGAAGAUAAGGACAAGAGUACUAAGUUGCUAAAUACACCAAACAAAAUUACUACUGAACCAGAGGUAGUAUUAAGAAGAACACACAGUUUUGAGACAGAUGAGAAGUUCUAUGAGCAAUACUUGGCAUUACACGCUCGUAUCAAGGCAUCUUCCUGCCCUACUCUCCAUCGUUGUAACGCAGUUUCUCCUACUCAUACCAAUGCUACAACACGUUCUGCAUCUCUGCGCGAAACACACAGAAGAAAAGAAAUCAAAUUAAAUUUGGAAUUAUCAAGAACGCCACAGGGAAGCAAUACACUUUCACCAACAUCUGCAUCUAAAACAUCACCACUAAGUGCACUGCCAACUACAACCACUACAACUGCCAACACAGUGACGACAACAAUUACUACUAGUCCUGUUCCUCUAAAUCAGAUACGCAGUGUUCAACCAAUGGAAGCUACAUCUACACUUCUAUCGAGUGCAAACAAUACUGUAGCAGUAUCUGGAACUCCCACUACACCUGGAGGGAGCAAGCUAAGUCCAGGAAAUAUCUUCAAGAAUUUCUUCAAAUCCUUUGUCCCACCUGUUCGUGAUGAAGAAAGUGAGACACAAAGAAAGGCACAUGCGAAGAGAGUACGAGAAACUCGACGUUCAACUCAGGGAGUAACAUUAGAUGAAAUCAAAAGUGCAGAACAACUUGUAAAGAAAAAACAACAAAACAACGAAGUGCCCAGUUUGACAGCACCUUCUCCGCAGCAGCCUGCAGCUUCUGUCAGCAAUACAGCCUCAAUCACAGCUACAAUAACAACAGCAACACCUACCACAGUGACUGCAAAUAAAACUUCUGAAGAAUCUAAUUUGCCUGAAAGGCGACCUUCUUGGAGACUCAGGGUAGAUAAUGGAAGCAAGUUUCAGUUAGAGGAUGCAAAUAACAGGUCACCUGACAUUACAUCGACUUAUAUGAGAAGACCAUCCGGUGGAACUGGUAUACCCAGACCAUCAUCGGCACCUGUGGAAACAAUCACGCCGAGUCCUGCAGAAACUACUGUUACAUUACCACUUCGACGAUCAUUGAAACCAUCUGAAGACAAAGAGCAAGAUAAAGAAAAUGAUAGCAGAAAUGCACAAGCUACUCAAGCAGUUAUACAAAGGAGAAGAAGGCCUAAAAGACGUUCUACGGGUGUUGUUCAUGUUGAUAUGGAUGAAAUAGAUCCUGAAAAACAAGACAUAUCUGCUGGUGGUGAUUUUGAAGAUACUAAAGUGAACCAUAGUGAGAGUGGAAAUGAUAGACCCGGUAGGUCGAAUAGACUAGGUUCUGUAUCAUCGAUAUCAUCUGAAAUAUCUUCAGCUUCAGCAAGAAUUAAAUCUACAUCUUCAGAAAAUGGUGAAAUUGACUAUAAAAAAUUGUAUGAAGAAUCUCAAGCAGAAAAUGAAAGACUUAGAGAAAAGCUUAAGCGAUCAGAUGAACAGUUGAAAGAAGUUAGAAGUUUAUUAGAUAAAGCACAGAAUUCUCAGAACAAGUCUGUUUUAUCUGAGGCAGAAAAAAGGGAAAGGAGGGCCAUGGAGAGGAAAUUAUCAGAAAUGGAAGAGGAAUUAAAGCAAUUACAAAAGCUCAAAGCUGAAAAUGAGAGAUUGAAAGCCGAAAAUCGGGCACUUACCCGCGUCGUAUCCAAACUCACCAAUACUACUAAAUAGGUUAUGGAUCAGUUAAAAUGUGAAAACCAGAGGCUAAAGGAUGAAAAUGGUGCCUUGAUCAGAGUGAUCAGUAAAUUAUCUAAAUAACUUUAGUGCUCCUACGUUAAAAACAACAUGAAUCCUUUUUAGUUGUACUACUCGUGCAUUGAUUGAAUUCUUUUAAAUGGUACAACAUAUUCAUUAUAUUGUUAAUAUUCUUAUAAUGUAUAUUGUAUCAUCAUAUUAUUGAUGAAUUUAUUCUUGUGCUAGAAAGUUAAUUUAUUAUAAAUAGUAUCAGUUACUCGCGUGGCUGUGCCAAGAGCGACAAUGUUUUGCUCCUAUUCCUACGAUCUUAUAUAUAUUUGAUCAUAAAACAAAUUUAGAAUUUGUAUUAUCUUAAAUUUUCUUCUUUCAGUCAAAGAUAAAUUUCUUAGAUCAUGAUAGUGCCAAUACUACAUGAAAAGCAGAUUGAACUUUAUUCAAUCCGUAUGUAAAUCCAUUCUUUUAUUAUAACAACAAUUUUAAUUAAUCAUGCUGUUGAUGUUGACUCUUUUUAAGCACAUUUUGUAAAUAUAUAAUAACUUGUGCGAAAUGUUCUACCCUAUGGGAUACAGAUACAUAUACAUAUACAUAUAUACAUAAUUAAAGUAGAGUUUACUAUUUAUAUAUUAUCUUUCUGACAUUCGUCCUUAAAAAUCUAUAAGUUACAAUUGCCAUGGCAUUUUAUAAAAUACAUAGAACAAAGUGAGAAAGCUGUGGAUUAAGGAGAUGAUUUUCACAGUACUAAAGUGGCCUUUUUCUAAAGACUGUCUUUGUAAAUCUUUUAUCAUCAUGAUUUUUUCGUCGAAAGUUUCAAUUAUCAUAAUGACAAUUUUUUUAUGCUAUUUUGCUGCUUGUUUUUAGUAAUAAUGCAGCAGAUGUUAUUUUUGAAUAAAAUUAGUAGACUAUCAUAUAUUUCUCCAAAGUAUUAUGUGCAUUGUAUUAAUGCAUAUAAGCAUUUGGAAUUUUAUUAAAAAUUGUUAAUUUUAACGAAUUUACUAAUACAUAUACCAGAUAGAUUGAGUAUAUUUUUGCAGUAGCGUUCGUGAAAAAAAGUAUUAAUCUUACAUCUGAUUAGGUUUGUAAACCGUAUUCAUAGGCAUGGCAUUUUUUCAGCAACAGCAGCCCUUUAUAUAAAAUUUUACAGAAAUGAUAUAGUAGUUUAGACGUAUGUCUAAUUUUGAUGUACUAAGAAAAAUGUCUCGUUAAUGAAUACGGCUCUACAUAUUUAUAAAUAAUCGAAGGAAGAAGAUAUCGUACAAGUGACAUUGUGUUUUUUAACAAUUUUAUUGUAAACAAUUGUAAAAAGAUAUAUGGAGGUAGUUGUUUCAUAAUGAAGUUUGUUAUAAAAUAACACUCUUGUGUAACUGUUUAGUAUAUAGAUAUGUUCUCUGUAUUAUAUAAUAGUGAUAUGUAUGUGCUUAUUGUAUUAUAUAGUUUCAAAGUGUUCACAUGGAAAAAAAAACAAAAACAAAAAAAAAACAAAAAAGUUCUUAUAUAAAUACAAAUUUAUGUGUAGGAUCUGUGAAAAACAAAAUAGAAUAUAACCGAUCAAAAAAUUAAAUAGGACCCCAUUUGCUUUUUAAGCAUCAGUUCUGUAGAUAUUUAAAUUUUUAAUUUGAAAUUUUUUUUAAUAAUUGUUUAAAAAUUUUUUUAUUCAACAAAGUUUUCUAUGCUAUAUGUAUAAUAUAAUAUUCUCUAUUUUAUAAUUAUAAUCAUUGUAUAACUGAUGCUAUAAAUUGCGAUAUGCAGGACGAUCUUUAUCAAAUAUAUCCUAUAUUAUUAUUUAUAUUAUAUUUAGAAAUAUAUCCUAUUAUAUUAUUAUUAUUUAGUAAGUAGUAUUUUAAUACGACAUAUGUUUAGUAGUAUUACAGAUGAAUAAUAAAGGACUAGAUAUUGUUAUAGCUAGUGUAAUCAGUAACUACAAAAUAUUACUCAUUUUUAUUAUCAGUAUUUAUAAAAUUAGAAGAACAAUUUAUAUUUGGUUCCAGAAUUAAAAUGUCUUUAUCAAAAUAUUUUUUAUCUUUUAUCUUUUCUGUAUAUAUGUGAAAUAUUCGAAAUUUUAGCAUGUAUUAUGAUCAUUUUCUUCUUAUGAAAACUAUUCAUAAUUUGAUAAAGAUUGUUAUCUGCUUUUACCUUCCAGGAUAUACUAAUAGACAUGUCACGUUCUCAGGCAUAGGAAAUACAUAGAAUGCUAUGCGAUGUGUCUAUAUUUUAUUUAAUGAUUAUAAAUAUUAAGAAUAAACUUACUAUGAUUUUGGCAACACGAUUAUAGUUGCAAAGGGGGACUGAUAAUUCUAGUCUCCAAUUUGUAAUAUCAGAAUUAUUUAUUUCCUAUUUGAUUUUGUACUUGUGACAUUACAAUUUAUAGAGAAUUAUGUGCAAAAAAUUUAUCACGAUGUUUUAUAUAAUAUUUUGGAUAUAAUAACAUGUAAAUAUGUUAGAAAAAACAGCUUUUUAAAGUAA